AUGGCUGACACUAAAGACUCCGAGUCGGGCCUGCGUGUGCUGAUCGUCGGUGCUGGCAUCGGUGGAUUAACAGCUGCAAUUGCAUUGCGACAGCAGGGUCAUCGCGUCGAGCUAUUCGAGCGCUCCCGCUUCGCCAACGAAAUCGGCGCUGCGAUUCAUCUCUCUCCGAAUGCAAAUGGCGUUCUCUUGCGGCUUGGAAUCGACGCUACGAAAUUCGGUGCUGUGGAAGCUGAGCUGUUGCGCGAGUAUACGCCCGCCGGCGAACCCGUGCAUAUCACGGCUGUGAAAGAGCAGGCGGGCAUGUGGAGACACCGAUGGCUCCUCGUCCACCGCGCUCAUUUCCACGAAGGCCUCAAGAACGCCGCCCAAGCACCCGGCCGCGGCCACCCAGCCGUUCUCCACACAGCCAGCAAAGUCAUCGACGUCGACCCACACCAGGCGACAGUGACACUAGAAAACGACGAAGUGUACACAGGCGACGUCCUCAUCGGCGCAGACGGCGCCCACUCACUCACGCGAACCAAGCUGCCCCAAGGAAAGGAGAUCCACCCACGAAGCUCAGGCAAGAAUGCAUUCCGCUUCCUGAUGACCCGUCAACAAGCCCUCGACGACCCAGAAACAAACAGUAUUGCCCGGGACUUUGGGGCGGUGGAUAUGUGGGACUCAUCUGAGCGGCGGGUUGUCAUUUACCCCUGUGCAAAUAACGAGUUACUCAAUUUCGUCUGUAUCCAUCCUGACUCGCUGACGACUAUCGAUGUUGGUGGUGAUGAGUAUAAUCAGCAGAUUGGCAAGGAUACCCUCUUGCAGGUGUAUAAAGAAUUUAAUCCGCAGGUGCGCAGAUUGCUGGAGAAGGCUGAUCCCGCGACGUUGAAGUUGUGGCCUUUACUUGAUAUGCAGACGCUUCCGUCGUGGGUGGAGGGGAGGUUGGCUGUGCUGGGUGAUGCUGUGCAUCCUUUCUUGCCCUAUAGAGCGUCGGGUGGGGCGAUGGCUAUUGAGGAUGCGGUCUCCAUCGCUGUUAUGCUGCCCCGUGGUAUUUCUGUUGAUGAAGUGCCUGAGAGGUUGAAGGUGUAUGAGAAGGCUCGUCAUACCCGCGCGACUACUAUUCAGGAAAUGACGCGCGAGUCGGUCCAGCUGCUCGCUCCGGAAAGAACGAUGGCAAUGGUCGCCUAUAUCUACGGCCACGACGAGUUCGACCACUCCACCCAGGUCCUCCGAAAGUACCUCUGGUCCAAGAAUCCACGCAUGUAUUGGCGCCAGCCGAUCGUCUUCGGCCCCAUGCCCGGGCCCCGACAGGACUGGUACGGUAACGACCGUACACUGAAAUCUCUCGAGUCGACCUUCCAAACAACCUCGAUCAAGUUCAAGACCAGUCGCACGCUGCUCCAAAACCUGUUCCCGAAUGGUCGAUACAGCUUCAUCUCGCCGAGCACGGUUGCGCGAGCUAGCUUCUCGCAGACCAUGCUGAACGGCAUGGACUGGCUGGGUGGUGGUGGAUACCGGCAUAUCGGGUUAUAUAUCCACGGGGUGCAGUACACGAAGCAGAACGGCGAGUUACUCAAGGGCACGUAUAUGCCGAUCCUGUUCGAGAGUCUUGCGGACCCCAUCGUGUCGGGUCGUGAGGAACUCGGCAUGCCGAAGCUAUACACGGCCAUCGAUAUCCAUGAGCGGACUAGCUCGUUCCGGCUGCAGACCAGUUGGCAAGGCGCGGUGUGGGGUCAUUUCGAGCUGGAGGAUCUGGAGGACCAGGAUCCUGGUGCGGAUAAGGGCACGAUCGGCGGUGAGGAUGAUGAUGGGAUCUUAGUGUAUCGCUACAUGCCCAAGGUUGGACGCGAUUGUAAGGGCGACCCCGCGGAGGAAUACCCCGUUUUUGUGCCGCAUGCGCAAGAGUCCAAGGUUGUGCCGUCAAAGGUGACGCGCGUGCGGAGGACCAAGAAUGCCAAGGUUAAUAUCGAUGGACUGGGCUGGGAUGCGCUGCCUACGCUGCACCAUGUGGUGUCUCGUUUGGCUGAGAUUCCGAUUGACGAGGUCAUCGACGCGAAGAUUACCGAGGGACGGGGGGUGCCGGAUGUUUCGAGUGCGCAGCGGAUUGAGUAG